UAUGCGCUCCGAUGUCAAGUAGGGAAGGAUCUACUUAUAACUGCCCGAUUUGUGCCGAAACUGGAUCAAACCGAGUCAAACUCUCAAUGGAGCAUCAUCAUCCACGCCGUGGUUAAAAAGGACGAAAAGGAUUACAGUUGUGGUGCAAUUUAAAUUGUGUUCAAGAUAACGAAAAGUGAAACCAGAAAUAACCUGAUGAACUCUUGAAAUCAAGCGACCAAGAGCGGUGUUGAAAGUGAUUAGUGAAAUUGUUUGGACUAUUUGUUGCCUGGGUGCGAAAAGGAUAUUUUAUGAUCAUGCAGUCUCCCGUCAGUUCACCCGAACUUAUGGAUCCGCGGUACAGCCAUUUGAGGAUUCCAGCAUCUUCAAGCCGAAUCCUUUACGACGUUCCGUGCAAGGUAUGUCGCGAUCACAGCUCCGGAAAGCAUUACGGAAUAUACGCAUGCGAUGGAUGUGCCGGCUUCUUCAAGCGAUCGAUUCGCCGUAGCCGACAGUACGUAUGCAAGUCGAAGUCAGAAACGCCAUGCAUGGUCGACAAAACUCAUCGGAAUCAAUGUCGAGCGUGUCGUUUGAAGAAAUGUUUCGAAGUUGGCAUGAACAAGGAUGCAGUUCAACACGAGAGAGGACCUCGAAGCUCCACAUUACGUAAACAGAUGGCCCUAUUCAUUGCUAAGGAUACACCUCUGCGUCAUGAACUGAUGAUCCCACCACCAAUUCCAAUGGGUCAACCAACGAUGGGCCUCGACUUGAGCAUGCAGAGGAACGCUUUCCUGAGUCCACAAUCCAUGGUCCAUCCAACACUGUUCCCAGCUAUGCAAUCGCCCCAUCCUUUGAUUGCUGCCGACGCCAUUCGGGAAUCAGCUGCUCAACUCCUGUUCAUGAACGUCAACUUCCUUAAAAACUUGGUACCCUUCACGAAACUUCCGCUCGACGAUCAACUAAUCUUGUUCGAGGAAUCCUGGCGAGAAUUUUUCAUUCUUGCCGUUGCACAAUACUUGCUCCCGAUUAACUUCAACCACCUACUAGUGGCCUACGAGUACCUAAACAACAAUCGAGGUGAGCCCAUACCGGAAUGCAUAAUCCGGGAAGUGGACAUCUUCCAAGAAAUCCUGACGCAAAUUGUUGCCCUACGAGUAGAUACCAAUGAGUUCGUCUACCUACGGGCAGUUGUGCUGUACAAAACGGAAUUCGACCCUGAAAGCAGCAUAUCCAGUAGCAGCAGCGACGGAUCGGAUAUCAUUUCUUCAACAUCCAAAUCAAUCCAGGAAAUAUCUACUGUCCGGGCCUUGGAAGACGGGGCCAAAGAAGCUCUUGCCGCCUAUGUGAGGACGUGUAGACCUAUACCGGCGGAACGGUUUCGCCUUUUGCUGCAGUUAUUACCUGUUUUACGGAACGUGUCUACUUAUACGAUCGAGGAACUUUUCUUCAGAAGAAACAUUGGCCCGGCUCCAUUACUUAAACUUCUUCUAGAUUUCUACAGACAGAAAUAGCUUGAGCUUGUUCAUACUGCAAACUUCGAUUCGAUCCUGGAUGACUGAAUCGCUAAAUUAACUGUGAUUGAUUUGUGUAAAUAAUAGUUUUAACAAAAUGGAAUCAAAAUUUCUCUCUUGGAAUGUACAUGAUAGCGGAUUUAUUCUAUAAGUUAAGUUGUUAUGUUAGCGCUAGUAAACGAAGGUUGCUAAAUAAAAUACCUUAAUAAAUUUA